AUGAGCUGCUUCAAAUCUGGAAAUGCAGUGGCAAAGGGCGCCAAGCGUCAGAAACAGCCUCUCUGUUUCGACGACGACGACGACGACGACGACGGUCCGGUGGAAGGCGGAGUUCGCCCAGCAAUUGCCACACAAGCAGAGCCCGACAUUUUCGAUGAGUCUAUAGAAGACAUGAUCGAGGAAAGUCGUCGCGACAUUCAUGGCAGUGGAAAGGCUGCAACUUCGUCAUACCAUGGCAACAGCGAGAUGGACGAUCUUUUUGUUUUCAAUGAUGAGCGAGUUCAGAACGCUGAGAUCUCUCAUGAAGCCGCUGUACCCAUCAAGUCUGAGGAGUCUGACGAUGACUUUGAUCUGAUGAUCAUCGACCAGGAUGAAGCAUCAUCAAAAGCGCGAGAGCAAUGGUCCAAGCCACGAGGCCCAUGGACAAUUGAUCUUACUCCAUCGUCAAUGGUCAAGAUAGAGCCGGUCGAGCACACUCAUCACAGUUCCAUAAACAAGGAUAUCAAGCAAGAGCCCGGCGCAGAAGCUUCCGCCGAUGGAAGCACCUCUUUUCACACCAGCAAGUCUUUCGUCAAGGAACUAGAGGAGAGGAAAGAAGAAUUGCAAUCGAAAGCACUCAAAGGUGCUCUGAGCACGGAAGAAUUAUCGGAAAUGUGCCAGAUCAUCACUCAGCUCAGCCGGGCUCAAGAAGAAGUCAAAAUCAGCAACAACGCGCCAACGGCGGUACCCUUCCCUGCAGCCAAUAUGGAUCAAGCAUUAGUUGAAGGCAAUGAGAAGAAAGCGAAGAAGAAAUCGAACCCUCGCAUCAAAAGUGCGGCAGAGUACUGGGCUCGACAGGAAGAGAAGGACCGCAACCGCGAUGCGAGAGGACAGAAGAGAUCCGGGGCAUCUCAGCGCAGUUCACACGCUACCAAAAGCGCGAGAACUCUGAAAAAUGCAAAUACUGCUGGAGAUGAGAGAGAGAACAAAAGAAUUGAGCGCCAGAUCGAAGCGCUGCUUCGUCCAAUAGAUGCGAUCCAGGAACGAGCGCAAGCCGGUGACUUGACAGCUGCGCCAGUCAUCAUCGCGACCACGAGAGCAGACCAACUGAAGAAAAUGAGAGAAUCUGCACCUGAGUACUUUGAGCCCAAGUUUUUGGAUCGUCAGAAAGGAGAACUUCUGGAAGCAACCAAAGCGUGGGGACCGCGCGCUGUUCGCGCCAAGGACGGCUUCUGGGAGGUCAGAGGCCUGCAGUCUCUGAUGCACCACCAUCAACUCAUUGUUGGCGCUUGGAUGAUGGGUCGUGAGCUCAAGGGAACGCCCAAACUUCCCAGAGGAGGCAUUCUUGCUGACGCCAUGGGCUUAGGAAAGACUAUCGAGACCCUUUCCUGCAUUGUGGGCAACCAGGCGUCGGAGAUGCUCCAAGAAGACGGGAAGGGAGCAACAUUGGUGGUUGUUCCUUCAGGACAGAUGAUCAGUCAAUGGAUGUCCGAAGUCAAGAAGCACUGCGACAAAAAGUUCUCCAAGAACAUCAUCCAUUUCAAAAUCGGUAACAAGAUGGAUAUUGAGCAGUUAUCUUCCUUCAACAUGGUGUUCGCUAGCUACCACCAAAUCCGGGACAGCAUCCCUAAUGCCAAGGAGAAGCUUGAAAUGCUGAAGAAGAUUGUCGACCCAAAAAAAUAUCAGGAGUGGCUGCAAGAGUCCACCGGCGUCUUGCACCAAAUUGAAUGGCACCGCGUGGUGCUUGAUGAAGCUCAUGCAAUCAAAAAUCACCUCACUCACUCUGCAUUCUCGUGCUUCGAACUCAAAGCCAAGCACCGCUGGGCAGUUAGCGGAACACCGCUCAUCAAUGCAGCUACUGAGUUCUUCUCCUACCUGAAAUUCAUUCGAUGCGACGGAAUUGAGGAGUUCAGCGACUACGAGAGCGAGUAUCGCCCAGGGGCUUCUACCCACCCCUUCUUGCUCGAAGGAAUGAUGGCAGAGUAUUUCACUCAGCGUGACUUGGAAGCAACUCGGAAACAACUGAAGGAGCUCAAAGGCGGUAGCACUGUCUACGACCAGAUCGGCUCUUGGACUCAGAGGCACCAUAUUGCCAGCGAGCGCAUCAGAGAGGUCAUUGAGGAAACAUACCGGCGCAGCCAGCAACAGAUUCUAGAUGACAGCAAAGAGCUACUCGACGCUCACGAGAGCCAGACUAUAGAGCCAGAUCACCGCAAUGUCGCUGGCAGAAGUCAUCCCCAGUCCAAGGCCGGCGAGAGUACUAUCAUGAUAGCCGAUGACAGCGACGAAGUCGACAGCCAAGACGAGGCAGAAGAGGAUGAGGAUGGCCUGGUACCGGAGAGUUUUCUUCUUCCCAGAGAACAGUCGGAGAAUUCAGCGUCCUCGGACGUCGAGGCGGAGGAAGACCGACUCCAGCCUUUCGGUCAUAGUGAUUUCGGUCUGGCAUUUGAUAUGUCUAAGCAACUCGAGUACCUGGAAAAGGUUAUGGAGAUGAAGAGGGCUCAGUGCGUAGUUUGUCGCAAAAAGCCCCCGGCGAAUCCUGUCAAGGGCAAAAGCAGGAACUGUCCAAAGUGUCGCAGGAUCAUAGGCCUUCCGAAGCCACUCACGCCAUUCGGCGACAACCACGAUGGAGAUGCAGAGUCUGCCACGAAGGCCCCUAAUGAUAAGGAGUACGCCAAAGGGUUCGACUGCACCGGAUUUCAGCAUAUCGAGGAUGACAAGGACGAUAAGCAUGCAGUCAGAUUCCUGCAAGUGGCAGAUAGAAAUCCUCAUCUGCCUCUUACCUCCAGUGCCAAGUUGACGGCAUUGAAGGAGACAGUUUUGAGAUGGCAGGCCGAAGCCUCAGACGACAAGAUUAUUAUCUUCAGUCAAUUCAACGUCGUCAUGAAGAUCGUCGGCCGCAUGCUCGAAGCGGAAGGAAUCGACUUUGCCUACCUUAGCGGGAGUCAGACCACCGAGCAGCGCAACAGGGUCGUCGAUGAGUUCCAGAAUGGCCACAAAAUCAAGGUCCUCAUUGUGUCGCUUCGCGCAGGCGGCCAGUGUCUGAACCUGACCCGGGCAAACCGCGUCAUCCUCAUUGAGCUCUGGUGGAACCACGCCGUGGAGCAGCAGGCUUUCGCUCGCGUUUUUCGCAUUGGUCAGAUCAAGGAAACCCACUUCGUGCGCUUCAUCGUCGAUACGCCGAUUGAGCAGCGCAUGCUGCAGUUGCAGGCUAACAAGAUCCUCUCUAUUGACGCUGCGCUUCAAGAUGACACGACCAGGGCGCCCAAGAUUAGCCUCCAGGAUAUAGCUAGCCUUCUCGGCAGAGUCACGAUGAGAAACGGAGUCAUCGAUCACGUCUCGGCUGACUACGAUGAGGAUGACAGCGACAGAGAAUAUGAUGACGAAAACGGAUCUGAUAAGGAAGAAGAGGAAGACCUUGAAGGUUUUGUUGUCCCCGACGACGAAGACGAGGAGUUGGGGGGUCGCAGGUUGGCGAUUCGGGAGCAGAUGGGCUCCCUUUCUGACGAGUCGGAAGAGGAGUGA